AUGGGUAUUUCUAGAGAUUCUCGUCACAAGCGUUCCGCUACCGGUGCCAAGCGUGCUCAAUUCAGAAAGAAGAGAAAGUUCGAGUUGGGCCGUCAGCCAGCUAACACCAAGAUCGGUGCCAAGAGAAUUCACUCCGUCAGAACCAGAGGUGGUAACCAAAAGUUCAGAGCCUUGAGAAUUGAUACUGGUAACUUCUCCUGGGGUUCCGAAGGUGUCGCCAGAAAGACCAGAAUCGCCGGUGUUGUUUACCACCCAACUGGUAACGAGUUGGUUAGAACUAACACUUUGACCAAGUCUGCUAUUGUCCAGAUCGAUGCCACUCCAUUCAGACAGUGGUACGAGACCCACUACGGUCUCUCCUUGGGUAAGAAGAAGGUUGGUGCCACUGACGAAGAAGUCAAGAAGUCCAGAAAGGUCGAAAGAAAGUUGGCCUCUAGAGCUUCUUCUGCCAAGCUUGAAGCCGCUGUUGACCACCAGUUCAACGCCGGUAGAUUGUACGCUUGUAUCUCUUCCAGACCAGGUCAAUCUGGUAGAUGUGAUGGGUACAUCUUGGAAGGUGAAGAAUUGGCUUUCUACUUGAGAAGAUUGACUGCUAAGAAGUAA